AUGAAGAAUUUCUGUGUCGCAGCUUUGCUGCCCUUGUUAGCAUCGGCGCAAACACUUGUGGUGGACAACGCGAUUAUCCCUGCCGAUGAGACUACACUUGCACCAGCUGUUUCAGCUGUUGAUGCAUCCGCUUCCAACGCCACAGCGGAUCUCUUCACCAGCGAGACCCUUCAAUUAACAGACGAAGUGAUUGCCAAUCUCACCGGUCUUGAGCUCUCCAACAUCACCCUGUUUUCCUUCGAAGACUCUCCGGUUAAUGCUUUGAAGAAGAGAAACAUCUUUGGAAAGUGCAAGACCUAUGCAGGUGACCUCUUGUACCCUUCGACUCCGGUGUGGAAGAUUUUCGACAUUCUGCUCGGCGGUGCACUCAUCAAGACCAUUCCAUACGCAGCUCCGUGCUACGAUGACUUUGGAAACUUCAACAAGGCCAAGUGUGAUUUUCUGACUGCGAACUGGGUCAAUGGAUCUAUCUACCACACCGAGGAUCCCACAUCUAUCAAUGGAGUCUUGUUCCAAGGGCUUACUUGCAUGCCACCAAGUUUGAUCCCAAACCCUGACGAGUGCACUGUUGGUGGUUAUCCAAGCUACUCCGUUGCCGUGAAGAACGUCGCUCAGAUCCAACUCGCUGUCAAUUUGGCUCGUAGCUUGAAUCUCCGCCUUGUUAUUAAGAACACUGGUCAUGAUUUCGGUGCCAAGUCCACCGGAAUGGGAGCUCUCAAUAUUUGGACACACAACCUCAAGAGCAUUCAAUUCUUGAAGAAUUACAAGUAUGGAUCCUACUCUGGACCGGCAUUUAAGGUCGGCUCUGGUAUUCAAGCUUUCGAGAUCUAUGAGGCUGCUCGAACUAAUGGAGUCACUGUUGUUGGAGGAGAAGGUCGAACUGUUGGUGUCAUCGGAGGUUACAUUCUAGGUGGAGGCCACUCCCCGCUCUCCUCUAUCUACGGAAUGGCCGUCGAUCAAGUCCUUUCCAUGGAAGUGGUCACUGCUGAUGGCCGCUUCGUUACCGCCAGCGCAACGUCCAACGCAGACCUUUUCUGGGCUCUCUCAGGAGGUGGUGGUUCCACAUUCGGUGUCGUUUCUUCCAUGGUCAUCAAGGCCCAUCCAAAGAUCAAGGUCACAACCAUGACUUAUAUCCUCCAAACUGCCGAUGGUUACAGCUCUGCCCAAUUUUGGCAGGCUCUGCGCAUCUUCUUCAACGACUUCAUCAAGUACACUGAUGCCGGAAACUACGAAUAUUUCCGCAUCACCUCUGUCGGACCAGAUGCGUACUUCUCCGAUAUGGGCCCUUGGUUCGCACCAGGAAUGUCCAAGGCAGAACUCGAAGCUCUCGUCGCGCCGAUGUUCGCACAAUGGGCUGCCAUUGGCGUCAAAGUCAACCCAGUCUACACCGAGUAUGACGACUACUAUGAUGCAUGGCACGCAUCCUUCCCUGUCGAGCCAUGGGGAUCAAAUGCCAUUCGACAGGGAAGCCGUCUCUUCCCCAAGUCCAACUUCCAAGACCAAGCCAAGCUGAACAACACUUUCAACACCAUCAAAGGCCUCGUCGAAGACGGUGCUUACAUCAUCGCAUUCAACAUCGCCGCAGCCCCAAAAUCCGGCUUCCCUGACAACGCUGUCAACCCCGCCUGGAGAAACACAGUCCUUCACUUGAUCACCGCUACCUUCUGGGACCCUACCGCCUCCACAGAAACAAUCAAGGCUAUUAGCGAUAAGCUUACUUUCGACUGGGGUAAGAAGCUCAUUGAUGCUUCGCCAGGAGCUGGUGCAUACAUGUCUGAGAGUGACUACAUCGAGCCAAACUUCACUCAGUCGUUCUUCGGAGACAAGUACGCCAAGCUCCGUGCUCUGAAGAGAAAGUAUGAUCCCAAUGACUUGUUCUAUGCUCAGAACGCUGUGGGAUCGGAGGACUGGAAGAUGUCGGAGAUGAUUUUGGGGAACUUGCCUUCGCAGAAUAGCAAGAUGUGCCGAAUCUAG